UCGUCUUAAUGAAUACACCACAAAGGGCUGCUGGUCUGGUUGAGUCUAUUCUCUCCUCUGUACCAGGACAAGAUCACAUCUUUCCGGUUCUUCACAGUGCGCACCACUGAACAGCUGGAGCUUUAGAGGAAUGAACCAUUUGUUCAGAUGGAAAAGGCUUGCCAGACUGAUGUUCAUGCUGCUAUAUUUUGUCAUUAAUGUACUCUGUGCUUCCCAGCAAACAGUCCAGUCUGAGACUCAGCAGGUGAAAGGCAUCGUGGGACAGUCUUUCUCUUUUCAAGAGAGGGUGAUCAAGUCUGGCAAUUUACUUUAUGGAGACCUUGGCAGUAUUGCAAAUGUGUACCCUGGUAAAGAAGGCAACAUCACCCUUGAGAAGAGAUUUGAAAACCGCCUCCACUUGAACAAUGCUACAAGAUACUUCACUCUGUCAGACCUUCAGAUAGACGAUGCUGGGGUUUAUACUGUUGAGAAUACAGACGAAGAGAAAAAAACAUCAGCAUUUGAGCUCACUGUAUACAAUUCUGUUUCCAAACCUCAGGUGACAGAGUGUGACAGCAGCUCCUGUAGUGUGGUGUGUUCUGUGGACAAUGAAAAAGAGGUGACCUUGACCCUGUACAGGGGAGAGGAAAUACUAAACCAGACCAGCAGUCCUGACCUCACCACCGAUCUAUCUCUCCAUUUGGAGGUAGAGGGAAGCUGUGUGGCUUCCAACCCUGUCAGCAAUGAGACAGUUCUUGUCCCAAAAUGUUGCAGUGAAGAUGGUCGUGCUAAUGAUGCAGACAGUGGCGAGAGGACUCUGGGUGUGCUUAUUAUUGCUGUAAUCUGCGUUUUGGUUGCCUCGGGGCUGUUUGGACUUGCAAUCUAUCUAAGGAAGCGUAGAAAUGGACACUCACAAGAUUCAGCCGAAAGAGUGCAGGUUGACAUUGAGUAUACAGAGAUAACUCCUAAAAAACGAACAGAUAACCAGGAGGAGCGAACAGAUAUACCAGAAUUGGAGUGGCGUAGAGACAACCCUAAGCUGACAUCAGUUUAUGAUACACUCCUGUUACAUCGCAUGGCUGCCAGCGGGGAUGUUGACACAGCAUGAAAGAGACAAAUGUGAAGUCAAUAGGAUAACUCACAUCAUGUAGGGGACAGUAUAUCAUGAAGAGGACAUUGAAACAAAACUAAAGUCAAAAAUGAUUCACCCAGAAAACCUCUUAGAGGCACAGUUGUUAUGGGAGAAAAAUCCCCUGGCACUGUUGUGCUGAUAUUAGAAUUUCAGGUUUCCUUUGUAGGUCAUUCUCACAAACCUGUCAAAUAGAGACCUCGAUGACAUCCACUGAUAAGGACCAAUUCAAUAGCUAUCCAUUGAGUUAGUAGCAGAAUAUCCUUCUUUUCAAGUGCCUUUUUUCCCCAAAUCUCAAUGUAUAGGUUAAAACAAAUGGAACAUAUAUUUUAAUACAUUUCACUAGUGUGUUUGCUAUGCUACUGCUGGACCAACGCUUAUUUUCAGUACUGUCUGUUCUGUUGUUUAAAUGUAGGUGCCUCCCCUGUAUCGUUUUUAGAGCUGGUCAUUGUUUAGCUUGCCAGUGGAUAGCAGCUGUGUACAUCAUAUAAAAAGAGCAGGUGUUUGAGAUAAAGCCACCUACUCCUUAGAAGCAAUGGCUGUUAGGCUUCUUUAGAAACAAAAGGUCCAUAGAUAAAUGUUUUCCUUUCACCGUGUAUGUUGUAUUGAAAAUAACUUUGAGGGAUAGAUCUUGAUUUAAUUCAAUUGUAGCUCUUAAUUAGCUUGUUUAGUUUAUUAUGAUGGUCCAUUUAUUAGUUGUCCUUAUCUAUGAAGCACAUCCUUCCUUAAGAAUACAAUCACUCCCUCCUGCAGACUCUGUAGACUCUGUAGACUCUCCUUCUAUCAGAGCAUGUUGUGCUCCACCUAUAUUAUUGCAGCCUUUGUAUAUACCUGUGCCAGCACAGGUUACUGUGACCCUAAAUGUUUUACAUUAAUGUUUUACAUAAUCUAGCACAAUCUAGCAUAAUCUAGCACAACUCAAAAUAUGAUGGUAGAUUACUCCAUUCCACAUUUAUGUUUUUGUUGUCAUUUAAAUCUGUGUAAACAAAUCAUGUAUUGCUUCAGAAUACCUGGGUAAACUGUCAUUCCUUGAAACCAUGGCUGCUUCUAUUAGUUUAAGAGUGGCAACAUUUCACCAGAGACACAACUCCAUGUUGGGGUUUUAACGUUGCCCACUUCUAGGGUCAAAUAGGAGAGACAACUGUAAUUGUUUGGUGGAUUCUCUAUUCAGUGAGUUUAAGUGUGUGACCUUUUGUCCUGUCACUUUGCAUGCCAGGCAGCUGUAUUUUUAUUUUUUAUUUACAAUAAUGACCACAAAUAGUGAAUUUCUAACUUUUUAUUUAAAAAUCCUAUAAUAUUUACAGCUUUGUUUUGAGAAAACAUUGACCUUUUCUCCCAUCUAGUGGUUGAUUGAUUUUUUUAAAUUUAUUUCAGUAUACUGUACAUAAUGUAUAGUGUUUCGCUCUGAGACAGUGUACUGUGAAUUGUGUAAGUGUAUCUUAAAUCAUGUUCAACCAAUAUGUUCUCUAACAACCUUUCUGUGCUGUAGACUGUGGUCACGCAUUUUUGUGCCAAUGUGCCAUUAUUUAUACAUUAUUGUGAGUAAAAAUUAAAACAUUUGUGAAAUA